AUGUCGGCGCUUUAUACAUUAACUAACCCAGUUUUUCGCUCGUUUUUAUUCUAUGCCGUGGCAUCAGUUCUCAAGAUGAUGGCCAUGUCAUUACUAACCAGUCGGCAGCGAUUCCGAAAAGGUGCUUUUGCUAAUCCCGAAGAUAUUCGUCCAAGUAAAGGCAAGAAGAUCGAGCCAACGUUUUCCGAUCCCGAUGUUGAACGUGUUCGCCGUAAUCAUCUGAACGAUAUCGAAAACAUUGUUCCAUUUGUUCUUAUUGGAUUCUGCUAUAUUGCCUGUAAUCCAGCUAUCAGCACAGCAUUGUGGCAUUUUCGAGUGUUUUUCUUCUCGCGACUUUUUCACACAUUUGCCUAUCAGAUCCCAUUCCCACAGCCAAGUCGAGCUUUGGGUUUCAUGGUCGGACUUGUUGCCACAUUAUCAAUGGCCGUACAGAUCCUACUUCAAGUUUAUUAG